AUGGCACCAUCAAGACAGUACAAGAGGCAACAACUUGUGCCAAAAUGUGAAGAAACAUCAAGAGAUCUGCCUUGUAUUUGCAGUACUACUUCUACCAGCUCCAAAGAAUCGUGCAGUAUAAAAAAUGACCAAGAAGGUGAGAUGGGUAUUGGCUGUUCUACACCAAAGGCUCAAAGAUUCAAAAUACCUGAGAUCUUAUCUUGUCCACCUGCUCCAAUGAAGAAAAGGGAGUACACGUGGACGUUGACGGUCGCCGUCAUAGAGAUCCGUGCUUGUCGUGUAACGGGGCCAUCAUUCACUCACCUCCCUGGCUACCCAACGCCACGACAACGUAACGGGGCAGUGCAGUUAAGUGGGACUGCCAUGAGCGAGAUGAUUCAAGUCUUAGGGGAUGCAAUUAUAGAUACAAUGGGACUCCUAACCAUAU